UUAAGUAACCACGCCCGUUUGGAUUUUCCGACGAACUUUGAUUUCAUGAAAUGGACCCAUACGGUCACAACCACACCACCCACCGCCGCCGUGAAGAACCACCUUACCCACCUCCACCCUACGUCGGUGGUGGACCACCACUUCAUCACCCCCCUCCGCCUCCUCAUGUCGACCACCGCCACCACCACAUCGUCCACCAUCACCAUGAAGAACCACCUUACCCCCCUCCCCCCCACGUUGAGGUCUACCCUCCUCCACCACAUCAUCCGUACACCGCAGACUAUUACCGCCCACCACCACCACCGCAACCGCAACCUAUCCACCACCAUACUAAUCACCAUAAAAUACCCGAAAGAUAUACCGAUAAUAAACCCACAGUUAGGGUUUAUAGCAAGGCGAAAAGCGAUUACUCCUUGACGAUCCGUGAGGGAAAAGUGAUUCUUGCCCCCUCUAACCCCUCCGAUCCUCAUCAGCAUUGGAUCAAAGAUGAGAAAUACAGCACAAGGGUGAAGGAUGAAGAGGGUUUUCCCUCUUUUGCCUUGGUCAACAAAGCCACUGGACAAGCCAUCAAACACUCCAUUGGUGCAACUUAUCCAGUUCAUCUGACAGAAUACAACCCUAAUAAACUCGAUGAGUCGGUUCUUUGGACCGAAAGCAAGGACUUGGGCGAUGGUUAUAGGGCAGUAAGGAUGGUGAACAACAUUCGGCUUAACGUAGAUGCAUUUAAUGGUGACAAGAACCAUGGUGGCGUGCACGAUGGCACGAAGAUUGUCUUGUGGGAGUGGAAGAAAGGUGAUAAUCAAAGGUGGAACAUGGUCCCUUACUGAUGUUGCAUCUGUGUGGAAUUUAUGUAUCUAUGCGGAAUAUAAUCUGGUGGGAGGUGUAUCGAUGUGUUUGAAAUAAAUCAAGUGUUGAACCGUUGAAGACUCGAUAAUUGAGUUGCUAUGUACUUAAUUAUAUUUCAGUUGGUUUUAGAAGGGUACUCGUGCAAUGUAUCGAGAUAUAUUUUCAAGAUUACAAAUAA